AUGGCAGUGACGGAGAGGAGUUCUAUCACAGACGAUCUGGGGGACGACGAGGUGCAGGCGACCCGCGCCGCGUCCGCGGCCAGCGUGGAUGACGAGAGUACCAACCCGCCCAACGACGCCCACUUGCAGAGGCACAUCGCAGUGCUCAAGGACAAGAUCGCCGCGAGGUACAGGCAGGGGAAGAAGCAGCGCAAGGGGGACGGGGACGGGGACUCCUCACCGGCGUUCAUCUCGUACUUCGACGACGUGGACUUCCAUAUCAGAUCGUCCAUUUUGGACGGGUCCAUCACAGAACCCUUCCAGUUACACUUCAAGGGCCCCACGUUGGAGGCUGAGAUUAAGACCAGGGAGCGUGCUAGAAGACAACUCAUCCGCGAGAACAUCCUCAGCAGGAAACUGUCUGGUGGGGGUGACGAUCGCGACGGCGACGACGCUCAGGAGCAACUACAAAAGGAGGUGCCCUUCGACAACUCGCCGCUCCCCACGUCGUUCUCAGGGCUGUACGUGGCCACUUGGAUGGCCGUCGGGCUCUCCGUCGUCAAGUUCGUGCUGGAUUACUACUGGGACUCGCACCACAGAUUCAUGCAGUGGGAGGUCGUAGACACCAUGACUACGGGUCUCUUCCGCGUCGCAGCAAUGGAUGCAGCGAUGUACUUGGCCACAUACGUCGUCUUCUCCGUGCAGUGGUUGUGUAAACACCGCGUGCUCAAAUGGUACAAUGCCGGGUGGUGGAUCGUGGCACUGUACGAACCCUUGUUUGUCGUCGCUUUCAUCUAUAUCAACGACCAGGUGCUAGAGUUCCACUGGAUUGCACGGAUCUUCCUCUUCCUACACUCGCUUGUUUUGCUUAUGAAGAUGCACUCGUUUGCCUUCUACAACGGGUACCUGUGGUCCAUCCACAACGAAUUGCAAGAGGACAGAGCCUCUUUGGCACGUCUACAGGACAUUGCGGCGGUAUCUGACGACAAAGCGAUCGAGACGACAAGAAGUACGCUGAACAAGAGUCUCGAGUUUUGCCGCUUCGAACUAGAGUCGCAGUCAAUCGGGGGCGUCUCCUUCCCGCAGACGAUCACCGUCAAGAACUACUUCAUGUUCACAAUGUUCCCCACUUUGGUGUACCAGAGCGAGUACCCUCGCACGGAGAAGAUCCGCUGGCAUUACGUCGUCGAGAAACUGUUCGCCAUCUUUGGUACCAUCUUCGUCAUGAUUGUCACCGCACAAGUGUUCAUGUACCCUGUUGUGCUUCGGUGCACCGCGGUCCGCGAGUCCCAAUGGACCUCCUGGUUCGAAAGACUCGUCACUUGGUCUGGCCUGCUCGUCGACAUCCUGCCCAGCUUCAUAGCGAUCUACCUGCUCGACUUCUACCUCAUCUGGGACGCCAUAUUGAACUGCAUCGCAGAACUCACCAUGUUUGGCGACAGGUACUUUUAUGGGGACUGGUGGAACUGCGUCACAUGGGACGAGUUCUCGCGUAUCUGGAACGUCCCAGUGUACAAGUUCUUACUCCGCCACGUCUACCACAGCUCCAUCAGCACAUUGAAACUGUCCAAACAGCAGGCCACGUUCAUGACUUUCUUCAUCAGCUCUGUCGUUCAUGAAAUGGCCAUGUACGUGAUCUUCAAAAGACUUCGGUUUUACCUGUUCUGCUUCCAAAUGUUACAACUGCCCCUAGUGGCCAUCAGCAACUGUGCCUUCUUCAGAGGCAAACCAAUCAUCGGGAACGUUAUUUUCUGGAUCGGUAUCUGCAUUGGACCUGGGCUCAUGUGCACUUUGUACUUGACCAUUUGA